AUGCAGUUGUUCUCUCUUACUCUCCUGGCGGUCCUAGCCAACGCCCCCAUGAUCUAUGCUGCUGGCAAUUCUUGCUCAUGCAAGGCAGGGUCGCGGGGAGACAAUACCGUCCAGAUUUCAGGAGAUUGUUGCGGAUCAACCGACUUUGGUGGAGCAGUUGGUAAAAUCGGAGGAUCGUUCGAUCAACGAGUCGCUCCAGCCGGAAGUUGCGAUUUUACCGGAAAUGCAGCCUUUAAAGCCCUUAAGUCUGCGGAUGCGUCGGCACGUUUUGCCGCCUGUUGCAAGGCAACAGGGGUGCCUCCUGCUGCUGGUGGUACAUGCAACUAG